AUGCUCCUUGAUCCACUCAGUGCUGUUAGACAAGAUAUCGAGGACAAGGACCUCAUUCCAGACGUUAUUCCCGCUGACCCUUCUUUCGAUCCCAAGGAUCUGCUUGUCGUGACCUUCCCCACCGGCCAAGAGGCCCUUCUUGGGAAUACACUCACAGAAACGGAUACUGCUGAUGAACCAACUGUCGCAUUCAUACCAGUGCAGGUUCCGGCUGUGAAUGGUGAAUCUACCUAUACGCUCGUCAUGACAGAUCCAGACGCGCCAUCCAAGGCGGACCCAAGAUACGCACAAUUUCGGCACUGGGUUGUCACUGGCGUGAAAGUGACCCCUGCUGCACAGCUCACCACACCCGCUGUGACGCCGUAUUAUCCUCCCACUCCUCCUGCGGGGUCUGGCAAGCAUCGUUAUGUCGUAUUGUUAUAUCAGGAGCCCAAUGCGGGCUUUUCGAUCCCUGCCGAUGCCCCGGAACGCGACAACGAGUCCAAGAACCGAAUGAAAUGGAAUGCAGCGAAGUUCGCUGAACAGUACGGGCUGAAGCUAGUUGGGGUGAAUUAUUUCUAUGUCGGGGAAUAG